CAGUUACGUCUGACCGUAAAAAAUAGAAACUUCCAAGAUGGCCGAGUCCGUGGACUCCAUGCAUUUCGCUGCGAACAGCAAAACAAAUUCCCCGAAACCCCUACUGGCCAAACGACCGCCCGAGAGCCGUCCGCAGUCUUCCAGCGACAUUUUCCCACCCACCCCGAAGAAGGUCAGGGUGGAGGAGAAGGGCCUGAAGCACAGGAAACUGAACGGAGAGGUGUGCGCAGGGGAAAAACACAACGGGAAGCAGAGUUGUGGAAGCCCAGCGAAAUGGAGUUUCGGCCCGGCCAAGGCGAGCCACUCCACCGCCUCCGCGAUGCCGACUACCCCGGUCCGGAAAAUCUUCAAAAUCAGCAACUUCCUGGCCUCGCCUCCCAAAGUGAAAAAGGCGAAGGAGAAGCGACACAAGGAGAAGGAGAGGAGCAGCGAAGCCCCGCGGAGCUCCGCCGCCUCUGUGGAGAGAGUGAGCCCCGCUAGCUGCCAUACAAAGACGGAGAACGGCGACGUGAAAACGCUGCAGAGAGAUCACAGUGGGAAGGAGAAAGACAGGCAGAAGAAGAAGGAAAAGAACAAGGAGUGGAAAAAACACAAACUACCACCUGUGCAUGACAUUGUGAGAGAAAACGGAGAGGUGAUGUCCCCUCAGAAAGAGUCUAAAGAGGUGCUGAGCGUUGGUUCAGAGGAAGAGCUGCUGCUUAAGAAACUCAAGAAGAAGAAGAAAAAGAAGCACAAAGACAGCGAGUGGGUGAAGGAGCGGCACAGCCGGCCCAAAAUGUACCACCGAUCCUGCCAGACUGUGUGCUCAGGGGUGACUCUGGGUCUGCCGGAGUUCCUCGGCCGGAUCAACGGGGACAGCAGCAGCAGUGGUCUGAUCCACAACACUACAAUACCACAACACUUCCAGGAUCCUGCUGCUGGUGCUUCUGCCACCAUGUCCUCCAUGGUCAGGGACAGGCUCAGCUAUGGCUGCACAGCCACGGCGGGCCUUCCCGGGCUGGAGUUCAGCCAUCUGAUCCACAUCGAGCAGCAGGCCAACGGAGGCGCCUCUGUGGUGCACGCCUACACCGAGGAGCUCUCCUGUCUGUCUCCAGCAGAGAUGCAGCGCUUUGCAGAGGAGUUCGUGAGCCUGUCGUUCAGCGAGGAUGGAGCUCAGGCCGCGCGCUUUGUGAUGGGAAUCAUCCACGGAGCGGCUUCCUACCUCCCAGACUUCCUGGACUACUUCUCCUACAAGUUUCCCAAUGCAACAGUGAAGAUGGAAGUGCUCGGAAAGAAGGACAUCGAGACGACAACCAUGGCUACCUUUCACUCUCAGGUGAAGAGGACGUAUUCCCGGGGAACAUAUCGUGCCGGCGCCAUGCGGCAGGUCAGUCUGGUCGGAGCCGUGGACGAAGAGGUCGGCGACUACUUCCCAGAGUUCCUCAGCAUGCUGGAGGAGUCUCCUUUCCUGGUGCGAACUCUGCCGUGGGGAACCUUCUCCAGUCUGCGGCUGCAGAGCCCGACCGACAGCGACGACGGCCCCAUCAUGUGGGUCCGACCCGGGGAACAGAUGAUCCCCAUGGCGGACAUGCCGAAAUCCCCCUUCAAAAGGAAAAGGUCCACCAACGAGAUCAAGAACCUGCAGUACCUGCCCAGAGCCAGCGAGCCCAGAGAGAUGCUGUUCGAGGACCGGACCAGAGCCCACGCCGAUCACAUCGGUCAGGGCUUCGAGCGACAGACCACGGCCGCUGUCGGCGUGCUGAAGGCCGUCCGCUGCGGAGAGGACAGCGACACUCCCGCCCGGAUCACCAAAGACGUUGUGUGUUUCCACGCCGGAGAUUUCCCAGACGUGGUCAUGAGGCUGCAGCUGGACCUCCAUGAGCCGCCGCUGUCGCAGUGCGUCCAGUGGAUAGACGACGCCAAGCUGAACCAGCUGAGGAGGGAAGGGAUCCGAUACGCUCGCAUCCAGCUCUACCACGACGACAUCUACUUCAUCCCCAGAGGAGUCGUCCACCAGUUCAAGACCGUCUCGGCCGUCUGCAGCCUGGCCUGGCACAUCCGACUCAAACAGUACCACCAACAGGAGGAGAGGAAGGAGGAGGAAGAGGAGGAGAGGUUUUCACUAAGCGAAGCGCGGCAUAGAAUCAAACAGGAGGAAGACGCGGAGGAAGAGGGCAACAAGUGUGACUUUGCAGUACAGACGGUGAGGAAGGUGGAGGACGAGGACAUUGAGGGACGAGAGGAGCCACCGUCUCAAACGCUGACGCAUCAUUUCAAGGAAGAAGAGGAAGAUGGCCAAGAAGAGAUGAAGGUGUUGCCAGGAACACAGUUUCUGCCUUCAGUCCAAAAUGAAUCAGAGGAGGUUGUCUUCAGUCCCAUGCCGAUGGAAAUUAAAGUGGAAGAGCUAGAGGAGGACAGAAAAGGCGGUGCAGAGACGAAUCAAAGACUGCCGGGCCAGGAGGACGCUGGACAGGACGCAGCGUCCCUUAAGUCCUCACAGCAGAUCAAGAAGGAAAGUGAAGUGGAGGAAGAGCGGCAGCCAAAGCCAGCGCUGCAAGAAAAGACUAAAGACGACACGACGAGCGCUUACAGCACACCGCAGAUCAAAAAAGAGAAGGAUAAAGGUAAAAGAGAGCGAGACGAAAGGGAGAGGACUAAAGAAAAGAAGGAGAAGGACAGGAGUAAGGACAAGGAGAAAAAAGACAGAGGAAAAGACAGAGAGAGGGAGAAGGUCAAGACUGAAGGAGGAAGAGACGGGGGCACCCUGAUCCUGACGCAGAUAAAGAAAAAGGAGGAUGAAGAGCGGACGAAAGAGGGAAAUCAAGGCUGCCCGACCGCGCCGUCCGCUCAGAGAGACGAUAAGUGGGCCAAAGAGGCCGACUCCAAAACACAAACCCACUUCAAGAGAGACAAGGAGCACGACAAGGACAGGGGAGCGCCUCCGUCCCGGCCGGACAGAGAGGACGGCCGGGACGGAGGCUCGCACAAACACAAGUCCACACAUGGGAAGAAGGAGAAGAGCGGCCACAAGGAGGGCAAGGACACGAGCGCGUCGGGGAAACCAGGCAGGGAGGACAGAAAGACGCACAAACACACCCAGCUGCAGGUGAAGAAGGACUGCAAGAAGGAGAAAGACGGCGGCAGAGAGGAGAUCAGGAAGAAGCCUGAACACAAACCAGCACGGACGCUCUUCACGUUCGAUCUCUUUAAACCCAUGGAGGCUCACCAGCCGCUCGCCCUCUCCUUAUCAGACAGCAGACCCAAACCUCACACCGACCCCCGAGGGUCUUCCUCCAAGCUUGGGUCAGAUGCUCGGACACUUGUUCCCUCUAAAGGACCAAAAGUAAAGGACUCCUUGCAGGGAAAACCUGCGACGUCGGCGGGGCUGCAGGACUCACUAAAGCAGCCUCUGAGGACACAAACGCCACAAACACAGAAAGACUUCUUGAUAUGAAUGUCUCCAUGUCUUCUGCUUUUAUUGUACUACUUAUGCCAAGGCCUUGUUAAAAUAUUUGACGGUUCACCCUUCCUUUAAAAUGCAACCAUUCCACAAAUUAGACGUUGUUGCUGUGACGCAGCGAGACGAGGAUGCGCUCUGCGAGUAUUUUAACAGCGCCAGAGAAUGUAAGCUAAGGAGCUCACUUCACUCGUUGGUCAGCAGACGUACGGAGGCUUUAACACAAUUCACUUUGGUGACCCGUGUGUCGGUGCCUGUGCACUACUUAGCUUCGCUCAUAAAGCUCCUAUUUUAGGUACUCAAGCCAAUCUGAAAACAAUCAUCUUCAUAGUAAAAGUUUUGAUACCCGUUUCAUGUUUAGUCAUGUCACAACCACAAACUUAGGUGGAUUUUAUGGGGAUUUCAAGAGAGAGAGCGACACAAAGUAACUGAGGUUACAUGAUUUACUACUUUGAAAUCUGUUUUCUCCUUUGUCUGAUACCCUGAAAUAAAAUCCUGUGCAACAAAUGAUCUCCAGAAGUUGACUAAUUAGUAAAUAAACCUGUAGAAUAUUAAUCUCCCCUUAAAUCAGGCCUUUUUAGAACCACGUUUCACUGCAGGUGCAGCUGUAAGCCCAUUCAGAGUGGACAUCGGUUUCACGCUGUCCAGUCAGAUUUAGGGCUACACCAGGAGUCUGCAACUCUUACAACAUAAAGAGGCAUUUGGUGCUUAAGACAGCCGAAUAAAAGUCAUUUACUCUAGGAAUUUCUUGUCAUUUUUAAAGAACCAGAAUUGUAUUUACUGAAUUUUAUUUAUAUUCCAGUUUAAUGACGAGGAAACCAAACUAAAACUGGUACUUUAUCGUCAUUCUUUGCGGAAAUUCAGUGCAUAAAUACGGCAAGAAACUGAAAUAAAAAUGGUUAAAAACACUAUUUGUUAUUAUAUUUGCGUUUAAAAACAUUAACUGGUUCCUAUUAAAUUUUUAGCCAAAGGUCUUUAGAGCCAUUAAGAAAGUCCAAAGAGCCACUAGCAGCUUUAGAGGCUCAGGUUGCAGACCCCCGGUCUACAGUCUUACCCUCAUAUUUAGCUCCAGCCGUCUUAGAAUCAACUCUAACCAGCUGCUGAGUCCCACACCAUGAUGGAGCUACCACCAUGCUUCAUAGAGGAGGUCAUGGUCCAGAUAUGUUUCAAAUGUGGCUUUUUUUUAAUUAUUUUAAACUUCUUCAAAACUUUUUCUCCUAUGUUUCUGCUGUGUUCAUCGGUCUUCAUCCUGCUGUUAAGAAGAUGUAUUUAAAAUGAGGUUAUGUUACAAACUCCACUAAUUAGGUAACUUCUGUCGGUAAUUAGUUGUACUGGAUUUUUAUUUAGUGGUAUCAGAGUGAAUCGGUGCCGAUUUCAAAUUAAUUAUGUUUAUUUGUUAAAUAUUUUGCGUCUCUAUUAGCUGAGAUCCCGAUAAAAACAUUGAAGCUUGUGGGUGGAAACCAUUUUAAAUACCUUUGCCAGGCGCUGAGCGACAUGAACUGGGAGACGUCGGUAGGACCUCCACUGAUCUGUAAAUCAUCUUACUGUUGCUUUGGUGGGCAGGAUUUUUAUUGUUUAUAACACUCCAAAAUCGGAUUCUGUCAGUUGCUUUCAGACUGGACUGUUUGACACACACAGGGCUGUAAAUUAUACUGUAAGUACCAAAACUGUACAGUCUAGAUGUUAUUAGCACCGGUGUGAGGAAAAUGUAUACAGAAAUUGCAUAUAUUUUUUGUAAGACAGGUUUUAUUUUCCAUAGAGCUUAUUUAUAUCAUUUACUGUCUGUUUUUAUUUCAAACUGAUGUAUGUGAAAAUUUUGUUGUAAAUACAUUUUAUUUCCUAAGAUAAUACUUGGUAGUGUGAUUUAUACUCUGAUCAGAACCUCUCAAUAAAUGGUUCUAAAUGUUGACUAA